AUGGGUGUCAAAAAGAAGGACCCGGAGCGGAUGCAACAAGUAAAGAAAGCGAAAAAAGCAGGGAGAAAGUUGAAGGGUCUCGAGAAGAAGGGAAAGCUGAAGAAACAUGUCACCGAUCGGCUGCACGACAUUCGAGCGCAGAAAUCGGCGAAGCAGCGACAAGCAGCUUUAGAUAUUGAAGAUGACUGGGUGGCAGAUCGGGAACGCCAUUUUGCCGCACAACAACGCGAAGAGAUCUUACCGUUGGACAUGCUCGAGGAUACGGACAUCAAUUGGGAGCAGACGAGUUUCGCCUCAGUGAAACGGCGAUACGAUGCACAAAAAGCUCGAGAACUCGAAGCCAAUGAAGAGCACGAUGAGCGAGAAUUUGAGACAAAAAGACGGCGAUUCAAAGGAGAUCUUGGCGAGAACGAGGAAGAACUUUUACCGAUUAAGUUAACAGAUGGAACGAUCAUUCGCCCAACGAGGGUCAAAGAGGUGAAAGAAGAAGAGGAAAAUGAAAUGGAUGAGCAUUUUGAUGAUGUCGCCAAGCGCAAAGAGCUGCUCGACGUGGAAGAACAACGAUUGGCCAGCUACGGAAGGCAGCUCUUGGCUAAUCCACAGGAAAAUGUAUUCAAAUUGCGCGACAUGUUGAAGCUGUGCCUGGGCGAGGGUGUGCAUUCGUUGGUUCGUGAGAAGAUUCAACAGCUAGCCACGGCGAGCAUGGUACAAGUUUGGCUCGACAUCGUGCCCGGCUAUCAUAUUCGACCGUUGACCGACUCGGAAACGGGUGGAAACAAGCUGAAGAAGGAGACGAAAAAGUUGGUCACUUUCGAGGAAGCCGUUCUGCGAUAUUAUGUGAAAUUUUUGCAAUUCGUCGAGAAACAAGCGAACAGGUUGAAUCAACGUUUGCCGGCGUGGAAGGAGGCGACUUUCUCCCAUAAAAUGGCCAUUUUGGGGAUGAGAUCGCUGUGCAGAUUGCUACUUGGCGCUCCACAUUUCAACUACGCCACCAACAUCGUCACCACGUUGAUCAAGUUGACACUCAGCUCGCAUAGACAGACUGUCACCGAGAUUUGCACGACGUUCUCCCAACUCUUUAAAGAGGAUUUGUCGCUGAAGUUGACCUUGUACACUUGUAGGGCAAUUGCAAGCUUGGUGAAGAAGAAGAAAUCCGAGGUGCGGCCUGAAGUUUUGACGACGUUGAUCUCGUUGAACAUUAAAGAAAUUGUCAACGAAGACAAGAAAAGUGACAAGGGACGUCUCAUCGCAAAGAAAUACCAAAUCAAGAAGGAGAGGAAGAGCAAAAGCGUUAAAAAGUACGACAAGCAAAUCGCGAAACUCGAGAACGACUUGAAAGAGGUUGAGGCGGCCGAGACGAUCAGCGAAAAGAUGAAAACGGCAACGCAGGUGAUGAAGCACGUGUUCCAAAUCUACUUCUCGAUCAUCCGUCGAAUGCCCAAUUUGUACUUGCUUGCACCGGUCCUCGAGGGUCUCUCCAAAUUCGCGCACUUGCUCAAUGUCGAGUUCUUCGAGGAUAUCAUCAAGGCGAUGGAGGAGUUGAUUGAUCAAAAGCAUCUACGCCUUCUCGAUCAAAUCCAUUGUGUGAACACGGUGUUUGUGAUUCUUUCUGGCGAAGGACAAGCGCUGAAUGUGGAUCCGUCAAGGUUUUAUCGAUCUCUCUACCGAAUACUUGCCUCGUUUCCAUUUGAGAAUGAUACAGAUCUCUCCCACAAGAACACGGCGAUGACGGUGAAAUGCUUGAGUUUGAUGAUUAAUGGGAGAAAGAAACAGGUUCCAAUCUCUCGUGCGGCUUCUUUCUUUCGUCGUUGCCUCUGCUUGGCCGUUCUCUUGGAUGAUCAAAGUGCGUUGAUGCUUGUCGCGUUGUGUCGAUCAUUUCUCAUUGCUCACCCCAAGUUGUCGACAAUGGUCGAGGAGGAUGAGUCGGAGGGUGGAGGACUUUAUGGCCUUUUCGCGCCGGCAAUCGACGAUCCGGACUGUAGUGGAGCGCUGAGUAGCCAGGCACGACCGUUGUUGAAGUGUUUAACCUUGAGAAAAUGUGCGCCACUGUCCGCUUUUGCUUGGAAUAUCCUUGAGGGGGCUCCAUCCAUCGGCGCGCGACAAUUGAAUCCGCAAUGGACAUCCGGAAAGCCCUGGGAAUUGGACGAGGUGAUCAAAACGCCGAUUACCGGGAAGGGACAUUUGCACGAGAUUUCAUCGUUUGCUCAGAAAACUUCCAAGGAGAAGCUGACCUCGAAAAAUGUGUUCGCGAUCACCGAAAGAUGGGUGGCGUCGAAAUUUUCG